AUCAAGUUUAAUUCAACUCCUGGUAAAGAUGAAACUUUUAUUCGCUUUUCUUUUCGCCUUCGUGGCUGUCUCAGUUCAUGCUGAUGUCGAAUCAGAAGAAUUCUGGGCAAACCUCGACAUGUCAACAGUCGUUCCCGUAGAAGACAUUCCCGGAUUCUGGGAGGGUCGUGACGAGGCUCUUUUGCCAGGUGUUGCUAACACACGUACAGGAAGAAUUGUUGGAGGACAAGAAGCUUCUCCUGGAGCUCAUCCUUACCAAGCUGCUGUUUUGAUGCGUUUCGGUGGAGGUACCGGUCUCUGCGGUGGUUCAGUUAUUUCAAACAGAGUCGUUUUGACAGCUGCUCAUUGUCCAAUCAAUUCAUUGGAUUCUCAAAUCAUUUUGGGUGCUCACAACAGAUUGGUCAUUGAAGGAACACAACAUCGUCAAACUAUCCCAAGUGCCAACUAUCGUCUUCAUGCUAACUAUAAUCCAUCAAACUUGAACAACGAUAUUGCCACCAUGAUUACAAACGCAGUUAUUCCAAUGAGUGCUCGUAUCCAAUCUUCAGUUCUUCCACCAGUUGGAAACGCUGAAUUAUUUGCCGGAGAAAUGGCUACCGUUUCAGGAUGGGGACGUCAAUGUGACGGAGCUGGUGCUGCUUGCGGAACUGCUGCUAACUUACGAGUUGUUUCAAACAACAUUAUCACCAAUGCUCUCUGUGCAUCAACCUAUGGAACUAACGUCGUCGUUGCUAGCGUUAUUUGCAUGGCAACAACUGGAGGACGUGGAACAUGCAAUGGAGACUCCGGUGGCCCACUCACUGUUGGACGUGCUGGAGGCAGAUGGCAAGUAGGAGUUGUUUCCUUCGGUGCUGCUGCUGGUUGCGAACGAGGCUUCCCUGCCGGUUUCGCACGUGUUACAAGCUUCCGUACAUGGAUCAAUAACAACAUGAGUUAAAUCACUUACCCAGCUAUUGUUUUUCUUGAUUAAUGAUGACAAUAAAUAUUUUUAUACUGCAUUAAAAAAAA